UUGGAUUUGGGAGAGAAAGACGCCCCGCUAUGGCCAAAAAGUGAAGCUAAACUUGUACAGUAAUAAGGAUAAAAUGGCGGCGCCAUUAGGAGACUCGGGGGAUGAAAAUUACUUCGUUCGAGAGAUUGAAAAGAACGAUGGAUGUUGCUUACAAAUGAAACAGUGUAGCACGGGAGAUGUGGGAUGUGUGGUAUGGGACGCAGCUAUCGUCCUUUCUAAAUAUUUAGAGACACGACAGUUUUAUGAGCCUCAAAAUGGAGUAAACAAAUGGGCCAACAAAAGCGUUUUGGAACUGGGAGCGGGGACUGGAGUCGUGGGACUCAUGGCAGCGACAUUGGGAGCAUACGUCACAGUGACCGACCUGGAAGAUUUACAGCAUCUACUGCAAAUCAACAUCCGGGACAAUCGGUCCCUGGUCACUAGUGGCUCUAUCGCAGCCAAGGUACUUAAAUGGGGAGAGGAUGUGACAGAAUUUUCCCCUCGCCCUGAUUAUAUUCUAAUGGCUGAUUGCAUUUACUAUGAACAGUCUUUGGGGCCACUGGUGAAGACUCUGAGAGAUCUUGCUGGACCAGAGACCUGUGUGAUCUGUUGCUAUGAGCAGCGCACCAUGGGCAACAACCCAGAAGUGGAGAAUACAUUUUUCCAGCUUCUGCUCCAACACUUCAGAUCAGAGGAGAUCCCCCAGGAGAAGCAGGACCCAGAGUUCAGCAGCCCAGACAUCCACAUCCUGCACCUUUACCCACUGGCCUGAUGCUAUGCUGGGGGCCUCUGGGAGAGGAAGUGCCUAUCUCUAUACAGAGAGAGCUGGGUUUCCACAGUGAUACCUGGAUGAAGGGCUGGGGCCUAGCACUGAGCCAGGGAGCACAGCUUCCAGGUUAUGGGAGGCUUAUAGCAAAGGAUCGGACUACCACUCACGGUUCUCUUACACAUCAGCGUAACAUCUCAUAACCUACGGUACUUCUGUGAGUGGACACACUUAACAUGUGCUUUUUCCCCCUUGUGAGUUUUAUUACUUGGGGUUCAGUGUUUUUUUUUUAUCAUAUAUUUGGAUUUUUAUACCAUGACUUCCAUUAAAGAAAGGUCUAAAUUUAAUGAGAAGCUGUGCUUUACCAGUCCAUGGAUAGAAAUGCAUGGAAGCAAAGAAAAUUCAGCAGUAUGUGAAUACUGAACUCAAAUACUGACAAUGUUGACUCAAAUUCAAAUCCCAGCUGUAAGUUGCACAUGUAAAUAUGCACAUGAAUAACGAGACUUUGCCAAAGGGCCACAAAACAAAAAGCCCUAUGUGUGUUCCUGCAAAGAUUUGUAUCUUUUGUUGUGAUGUCUUCACAAUGCAAAGCAUUGUACAGCUUCAGGCAGGUGCAUUUGAUUCUCACCACUUCCUCGAUCCCAUCAGUGUGAACUCCACGUUUUAUACUCAAUAAAACAAAGAAAGACCUUUACAAACAA